CUAGUUCCAUUCUGUUGUUUUGGAUAAAAUUAUCAGAUUUUUCUUUUCCAGGCAUAUCAUUUUAAGUUGCCUAUCUAAUCUGUAAUGAGCGUAUGAUCGUAAUGUAAUCGUUUAAGAUACAAUAUCUUUUCAAAUCUUGUCGUAACGUAAAAAGUACGAUUCAACUGAGCGUAACUGACUAAAAUUAAAAAAUUGUGUCUUUCGAUGAUAUUCGGUGAUCGAGAUGGAAGAUUACAAGUUUCUAUUUAAAGUUGUGCUCGUCGGGAACGCAGGUGUUGGGAAGACUUGUUUGGUGCGUCGGUUCACACAGGGUUUAUUUCCGCCGGGUCAAGGUGCUACCAUAGGAGUGGAUUUCAUGAUUAAAACUGUGGAAGUUGAUGGUGAGAAAGUGAAGCUUCAAAUAUGGGAUACUGCAGGUCAAGAGAGAUUCCGAUCAAUAACACAAAGCUACUAUCGUUCAGCUCACGCAUUGAUACUUGUUUAUGACAUAUCUUGUCAACCCACAUUUGAUUGUUUACCUGACUGGCUAAGGGAAAUUGAAGAGUAUGCGAAUAACAAAGUGCUAAGGAUAUUAGUUGGUAAUAAAACAGACAGAGAAGACAGAGAGAUCCCCAAGCACAUUGGCGAGGAUUUUGCCCAGCGUCACGGCAUGUACUUCUUAGAGACAUCAGCCAAGGAAGCAGAGAAUGUUGAAAGAUUAUUUAUGGAAAUUGCAGUGGAACUUAUGGAGCAAGCAAAAUGCAAGGAGCUACCGAAGUAUGACGGCAGCCUCGGUCCCAUCAAUGGUAAGACGACGUCGGUCGGCGACGGUUCCUGUUGUCUGCGUUCUUAAUGAACGCCGAUAUCAUUAGACUUAACGAUGUGGUGUUUUUGUAAAUGGCACCCCCGACAUACGCACUUUGAAGAGUAUCUAGCGGUAGACUAGACUGUGCUACUUAGCAUCAGAUGGGUCGUCGGUACGUCUCUCAUUCAUAGUUUUCACGAUACAUUUGAUGCUAAGUGGGUGACGGAGUCCACAGUUAUCACAACUGUCGCUAUUCUUUUAAAGUUGAUCUAUUGAAAUUAAAUCUCUUUUUAAUCUAGAACUGAUUAUAAUUUAGGAGAAAGAAAAAGAAACUUAUUUAAGUACGUGUAGGAUUAGUGGCAAUCACAUCACAGAAAUGUGCAUAAUAAAAGUAGAGGGAUUGGAUUGGAUUAUUAUUAUUAUUAUUAUUUUUGUGCCUUACAAACUUAAUUCUAUUUAAUGCACAAAAUUGUUACGUUUUAAUCUAAUUUCAAGAUAGAGAUGUUGAAUGGGCAUUUUGUUUGUACAUCUUUAUUCAGAUGUAUGUUAUAUAUUACUGGAUUCAUUGGUCAUACAUUUUGCAUCCCACCCCAAAACUGAAUUAAAUAUAUCUUCUUGAUACCGUUCUGAAGACAAUGGGCAAUAGAGCCAAACUGGCCCGAUGCACAAUAUGCACCCGGCUACAGAACAUAGUAUGCACACAUUUAAAGUAAAAAAAAAGAACAUAAUAUUCCUAACCUAAAAGUACAUUUCCGCAACAUGCUUCGUCAGAUUACAGAAAUAGAGUUAUCAGCAACAUGCUUCGUCAAAAAGUAUAAUAAUAAUAAAUUUCAGCUACAAGCGUUGUCAUUUAAAAUAAGAAUUCCAAACAUAUACGAAUUUAUUGUUAUAACAGGGUUGUUUUUGUUGCUCAUCUAUUUAUUUUUUGUAGAAUUUUUAACACUUAAUUAUAAUUGCCUCUCUUGACCAGUUACAAGCGUACCUACAUUUUAAUUUAAGUUUAGUUAAUUUUUAUAAAUAAAUUAACUUUAAUUAUAUUCUAAGUUGUUGGUUUUGUAUAUUUUUGUACAUUUAAAUACAUUUAUUUACAAAAAUGCCACAUCAAAGCCUUUCUUAAAUUAAUUACCUAUGUCAUUCCAUUCGCUUUAAAGCUUUUUUUUAAAUAUUUUUAAAUAUUGUCUUUGUCACAAUAUCAGAAUCAGUGUUUCCACUUUAAUGAUUUUCUUUCCCCACACCUCGAUUCAAAUUUACCCUUUCAGGAGUUUUGUCCUCCUCAAAAAUGUUUCUGCUCUAGUUUUUACUUUUAGCCCUAGGUAGUAACGCUAGUUCACGGUAGAGUCCAUAAAAAAUAGUUCCGAAAUUUACCGCAAUACUUUAAGCUAGGUUUAUUUCGCUCAAUUUCCCCUUUUAAUGUCUUCCCCCUUUUUUCUCCCCAUAUGGACCCUAUGGGGAGAAAAGGGGGAAUUUCUCCUCAUCGUGGAAACACUGAUCAGAAUUAAAAUUAUGUAAUCAAAUAAUGUUUUUGGUCAAAUACAAUAUAUAGUCUUCAUCGUGCAUGAGUUUCUAAACGAAAUAAAAUAUACUUUAGUCGAUUAAUUAUCAAGAAUAUAAUCGAUUUUGUCAAUUUUUAGCGUUAGGGUUAAGGCAUAUCAAUGUUACUCAUAGGUUGAAUGAGACCAAAUAAUAGGUAUAUUCAUACCUAUAAUUGCGCAUGUACAUACGCCGAUUUAGAAUCAUAGGUAAUUUAUUACGAUUAAAGAGAUUAACGCACGGUGAAACAAGUAUAUUGUGACGUUACAUGUUCCUCAUUCAUUUUUACAGUUUCAACUAUUAAUUACUAUUUCGUAAAUGUAGGUAUGUACCUGAGAGGAUUGCAGUUUUCAUAAGAUAAAUUCCGAUUACGGUGCAUCCUUAACAUGUACGACGUAAUUACUUACAACUGAAUAGUAACUUGUUUUAAUCUGAGGAUCUCAUACAUGUCUAUGACUGGUUAUCUUGUAUUUUGUUUCUCAAACAGUGCGUGUUAGAACACUUUCAUUGGAAUCAAAAGUGUGGUUGUUAAUUUGCUUUCAAAUGUUUUAUAUUAUAAUGAAAUAUCGAAAAACUAGUUCCACUGCUUCAUAGUGUAGUGCUGGACAUUCAAAUCGCGUUAAUACCGACAUAAGAUCUUCAUUUGGAAGCAAAAAAAAUAAUCUUAUCAUUGUUAAUUGAUUAAUGUAUUGUUGUAUGCUGACUGGAAUUGCCCUUGAAACAUGAAAUGUGCGCAUGGCGUUUAAAAUGCUUUAACUUUUUGUAUUUUGUGGUAUUAUAGUUGUUUUACUUUUUAGAGUUUUAUUAUGUGAUUUGACUUGAAUUAAGAUUGCUUUAAGACUCGUGGAAAUUUAAUAAAAAAAAAUGGUAGGUAGUGUGAUAUUCUGCUUUUAACGCUUUGAUUUAUUAUAAAUAAAAGACCAUUAUCAUCUAUAUUAAUAAAUAUAUUCGUGCCGAUGUGAAAAGCUCCUACUUAAUUUGAAUUACUUAAAAUUCGUUCCCAGUCUUGAUAUUGUGACAAUGCAUUAAAUGAAAUACCUAGCUGUUUCAUAUUUUGGUUGUUAAUAAUAAUGUUAAUAAUUAAGUAAGCCAUCUCAUCGUAUAGUAUUUUAGACGACUUGUAGAUAAAAUUUAUUGAUAUUUGGUUCUUUUUUUUAAAUACUAACACAGAAGGUAACUUUUUGAUUUAGUUGAGUUUCAUAUAUGAAGUGUUGGUGUUUUUUGUGACACAUUUCUUAGAAAAAAAAAAACGUUUGUGAAAAAUAAACUAAAUUAACAAAAAAAAACUAAUGAUAAUAUGUUGUUCGUGAUCAUUCAGGAAGAAUUGAACUGUCUGCAGGGAUUAGAAGUGGUUUAAUGUCAUUAUAAAGAUGUAAUUUAUUUUCAGUGUUUUGUAUUGUCAGUUGUAUACAUUUAUUCUUUUAUAUAGCAUCACUAGCUAGCAAACAGUUAAUGUUAGGCUGUACAGAUUAAAGAUGGUUUUAGAAUGGAAGUUUAUGAAACAAGAAUGAUAGUGAAAAUUGAAAUAUAAAUAUUUUUUUCAUUUCUGUGGCAGUCCUAUGACUCUUCUAAUAAAGAACAUAGCAAUUAUUAUAAGUUGUGUGUUUUUUGGCGUAUCCUGAGAUUACAACGUAGCUGUACCCAACUGCCCAUUCGUGUAGCCUCGGUUUUAUUCAAAGGGACAUGCAUUAUUAUAAUACAUUUGAGAUUUGGCUUCAUGUCUCAAGCUACGUACAUGAACCUUGUGAUGCUCACUUAAUGUCAAGUGGCCGUGAGCUCGUCCAUCGGGAGCAGUAGAAAAAGUUGACAUAUCCUGUUGGUUCUCAUUAUUUUUACAUCGGUACUUAAUAGAAGGUUCGCUGUUCUGUAAUGUGCUAAGAUUCCGAUUAUAUUCUCUCGUACUGAGAUUAUUUUUUAUAUAAGAUUGUUAAUAUUUUAGAAUUUAUUUUGUUGCCACGUGAAAUAGGAAUACAAAAUAAUAAUUAAUGCAAUUACACUGUUGAGCUGGUGUUAUAAGUUUUAUUUGUUAUCAUCAAUUGGAAGUAAUUGGUCUAGAUUAACGUCUGAAAAAUGUUUUUUUUUUACCGUUAAACUUUUAUUUACUUCUUGACAUUUCGUCAGUCUUACUAAAAAAUAGUUGUGCAAUGGGGAAAUGUUUUAUUAUUGUAAAUUUUAUAUUUAGUAAAGUUGAUAUAUUUUCGUUGAAUUUUGCAAUUUUAUUUUGUGUGACAAUACGAAUUUUUAAACUAUUUUUUUACUGUACAUUAAUAAUACAUAUUCAUGUUUACAUUAUUGUGAUGCAAUAACAAAUACUAAAAUUUUGUGUUUAAAAGAAAAUAAUUAAUAGUUUAUUUUCCGUUUUUACUGAUUACAUAAAACGAAAAUAUGUAGUUGAAACUGCGGAAUAAAUAUAGUUUUUAGUGAUAUAAAAUUUUAAUUCGAUAAACUAAUUGGUAUUGCAAUUGAGAUUUAUAUUGGAUCUGAAAUGCUUAGACAUUUUGUUUUUAAUAUUAGAAAAAUUGAUUCUUACCAAAGAAUUAUAAUAAUGUAAUACUCGCAAUAAAUGAUCACCUUUGACUAUUA